CGAUCCCGCGCAUGAGCCUUGGGGGCUCAUUUGUUCUCAUUUCCCGUCGUCCUCUGCGCGCUAUAAAUUCUGGAGUGCAGCGUUCGCGCGUUCUUUUCGCGGCGCGUCUUCGGCGAAGUAUUCUGUUUGCUGUGUCCUGUUGCUCUGGUUCCUCAGGAAGGAUUUAAUGCUGUUGUGCCCAUUGAAUGUACUUGCCAAAAGUGAUGGUCAGACUGAUGGACAACAUGAAUUCUGCACAUAUCAAGAGUUACCCAGUACCUGAAUGCACGAACUACAUAAUGGAAAUUAUUUCUGCAAGGUCAUUUAUUUAUGCUCCCAAGAUUGAUAAAACAGCCCUGACACAGCUUAUGCUAUCUUUGUGUUACACAUACACAUGUGUGUGUGUGUGUGUGUGUGUGUGUGUAUUGAAGAGAAUGUAAAGCAAGGCAUACUGGGAAGAAGAAACAAGCAUAUUUUAUUAUGCAGCCCACCCAAAACCAAGUUGGAACCAGCAUGCAAGAUAUGUUUGAGAUGUUUGUUUAUUCAUUGUACAUUUCUCUUCUUGCAUUCUAGAAGCAUUGAAUGCUUAUACAAAGCAAGUACAAUGGCUAUUCCUAAAAUAAGUGUGUGACAUUCUGCAAGUUCAAGGUAUUGAUGGGAAUUUUUUGUUUUUGUUUUAUUCUUUGUAUUGUAUAGUUUGUCUUGAUCAGAGUAGCUUCUCAGAUGUUAGCUUUAAGGGAUGAUCACGCAGCAGGUACAAUAUGCUUAUGUUUAGACAAGUAUAAAAUACACUCUUGGCAGUUGGUCUUUUCUAGCAAAAUUUGUCAUUUAAAGCCCCCUCUUUCUUUAGAACUAAUAGCAAGGUUUUAUACUCAAAACAGCAUCAUGAGUAAGAUGAAGAACUGCUGUGGAAAUAGCCCAGGCUCCUUCUUUUCUUCCCCACUAUAAGCAGCAAAGCAACCAAAAAUGGAAGAUUUCUUUAAUAAAAUACAAAGAAGAACAGUAAGUAACACAAAAGUGUCUACUGCCUCCCCCCCUUCACCUUCUGAAUCAGUAGAAUUAAUAGACUGGAACUCCCAAAUUGAACUUGAAAAACAACAACUGUCAGAAACACUAUCCUUAUUGUUUACUUCUAGGGAUGAGCUAAAUGAAAAUCAAACUGAGAAUAUUAACGACCCCCGUUCUGGAUCUUUGCUCCAUUUAGCCAGCUCUCCCAAUCCCAAGGGAAACAACCUCAAAAGUAAGAUAUAUAAGAAUUUGAAGAGACUCCCUUGGGAAAGCACAACUGAGUUUAUGGACAGGCAAUGCUUGCUCACUGCUCAAACCGUCAUUGCAUUGUUUGAUCAACUAUGGGACAUUAAGCACAACUUAGAUCUUCUAAAAAAUGAUCUUAAAGCAUCAGUCUUUAAAUUGGCUGCUGCUACUACCAACCAAAAUGUAGUGACAAUGGGAAAUGAAAAGACCUCACUUUCUCUCUUAGACAAAGGGAAACCAGUAAUAGAAAUCUGAAUGACAUAAGUAAACACCACUCCAAGGACAGCAGCUUUAAUAGGUUCAAACCCUCUGAUAAUGCAGGAGGAGGCAAUUUAUGUGCUAAAUCCACUAAUAGAACAAUUGGGAAAACCAUAAGUAAACAAAUGUGUAUUUUAGAAACUCAGAAGAUCUCACUCUCUAUUUCUUUGAAUAGGAUUAAUCUGGGAUGAUGGAACUCUAUAAGAGCUAUUAAAAUCUCAUUAGGGCAGCUUCUGCACUGUCAUCAAAGACUGAUAGAUUUGGAUGCUAUUGAAUGGCUCCCCACAGUGCAAAACCAUAAACGGUUCGUAUUAUCAUUAAAAGAACCUACUAUCCCAGCUAUGAUACUGAAGAUAAGACCAUAUUUAGCAUCUUUCCAAAUUUUUCCUUCUAGAGUAUUCCAAAUGGAAUCAGUCAAACCUUUGUGUAGUUCUGCCGCAUUAAAAGAUAGACCUCCUGCCAAAAGUUCUACAGAAACUAUCAAACCCCCCCCCCUUCCAAAAACAAAACGGGGACCCAGUACUACUCUCCAACAGAUAGUGAGGCAAACUUUGACGAUGGUGAGACUACUAGAGCUUUUGGUUCGCGGUCUAAGAAUGAGCAAGAUGACAUUUUAUAUAAGCUAGAAAAUCUCAAGAAAACCCUACGAGACAGUAUGGUGACAGCGAUGCCGCUUAUUGAUCUUAUAUCACCAUCAACAGAUUCUAAUUGCCAACAUUUUAAGAACAAACUUGCAGAGAACAAACAAUCCUCAACAAAUUGCUGCACUAGUCUAUGUGAAGUUAAUAGCGUUCAACACACACAGACAGUUGAGAAGAUAGUAACUUCGUUGUCUCAAAUAGAGGCUAACCAGUGCCUGGCUAGAAAUCUCUCACUGGAGAUAGACUUUCAGAGACAGUCUCAGAAUUUGCAGGUGACCUGUCAGCCUUUGCCGGAAGCCUGGUUGUCUACUACUGAUCCUCUAGUCCAGCAUAAUGGCGACGUACGCUUAGUCCAUCACAAUCACGCCUUAUGACAAUCUUCAAAGGACGACAUAAUCCCCCGCUUAAUAUGGAAUAUUGCUGGUGGGGCAGCACCUUCCAAAGACCAAUGUUUUUCUGAUCUUGUGUCGCCUUUAGCUCCUAAUAAGUCAAAAGUUCCCUCUUCAUCAUUAUCCUUACUCAAGUGUCUAUCCUGGAAUAUGGCCAGAUGGAAUUCUAAGAUCAGUGAUCCUGAUGUGAUAGAUUACAUCAACAAGUUUGAUGUGAUCUUUCUCCGAGAGACAUGGUGCACGUCUGAAAUAGAUUGUAAUGGAUACACCAUAUUUGACUUACCAGCCACUCCACCCUCUGGGAAAGGCAGACCUAGUACAGGACUUGCUAUUCUGAUUUCCACAGCGCUUAAAGCCAUUAUUAAGCGCUUGCCACAUUGUGAACCAAUUGCUAUGGCCUGUUUAAUUGACUUGGUACCUUGUGUUUGCUGAUGAUUAAUGUUUAUAUUCCUCCUAAAUUCCAUAAGGACCGCAGCAAAAAGGUGUGGGAAAUAUUAGAAAAUUACAUAGUUAAAUUAGAGGGACAAUUCCCCUCAGCUGACUUAAUGUUGAUGGGGAAUUUUAAUGCUUGAAUAGGUCAUAACAACGAGGCCCUUUUCUCUUCCCAUGCCUGGGGCUUAGAAGAGAUGGAGGAAUGCACUUUGAACUCUGAAAGACAUUUUAAAGAUCGAGGGAUAAAUCUGGCAGGUAUAUGUUUUAUGCAGAUGGUUGAGUGCCUUGCUUUAAGAAUGCUCAAUGGGAAUCCUCUAUUUGAUCCCUGGGGUGAGUACACAUAUAUCUCAGCAAAGGCAGCUCGAUCAUCGAUUAUAUACUUGUUUCUGAUAAUUUUGUCAGUCAUGUAGCCAGUUUUUCUGUAGGCACCAGACUUGAUGGUGAUCAUCUUCCUCUCUCCUUCUUGUUUAAGAUUCCUUUGAAUAUACAUUCUCAGAUACAAUCGCACCUUAUUGACUCAGCCAUGGUGAUUAGACAGAAGGCUAUGGUGGACAGAAAAUCUCCAUGAGGAGAUCUCAGUUCUCCUCAACUCACCAUUGUGCCUGGGUCUUAAAAACCAAAUUAUUGAGGCACAAGAAGUGCAAGAUGCUUUAGAGAUUUAUUCACAGCUUCUUACGACCCUAGCAACUCCGUUGAGAUGUAUAGAGAGGAAUCCAAGAAAUUUUAAGCGUAGAAGAAUGGCUCCCUGGUUUGAUAAGACCUGUGCCGAUGCUAGAACUCACCUAAGAAACAUGUAUAUCCAAUAUAGGAGAGAUAAUUGCCAGACACUGCCCAAAUCGUACUAUACCACUAGAAGACAGUAUAAAUCACUCUUAGCAAGGAAAAAGAAAGAGACAAUUCAAGGACAGUGGACAUCAAUUAAUAAACGUUUCUCUACAAAAAAAUAACUUCUCGCCUCUUCUAUUGAUAGGAGAUUAUUAUGGUUAAUUAUGAAUCUGUAUAGAGAUACAACCAUACAAGUGAGAUGUGAUAUUCAAGGCAACCUUACAAAACCUAUCCCUGUUUAUAAAGGUGUGCGUCAAGGAUGCAUUUUGGCACCUUUAUUAUUCAAUCUUUAUCUUAAUGACCUCUCAGCCUUUAUCUCUUUAGAAGCACACCAUUCUAAAUUGGCCGCUGUUAGUAUUCCUCUACUCUUGUAUGCAGAUGAUGCAGUCCUCCUUUCUUUUUCGAAAAUAGGCUUGAGACAAAUUUUGAGAGCUUUUGGAGGCUAUUGUGAAGAAAAUUGCUUAACCAUUAACUAUAGUAAAACCAAAAUUAUGGUCUUUUCCAAAAAUCAGCGUCGAUCCAAAUGGACUCUAAAUGGACAUAGCUUAGAGCAAGUUAAAACCUUUAAGUAUUUAGGAAUAACAUUCCAAUCAUCCCGUGGCUGGACAUCUCAGAGGUCUGCCGUUAUUCAGUCAGCAAAAAAUAGUGCCAUGGCAUUAGUACGAUUUUUCUAUACUAGAGGAGGCCAAUUUUUACCCGCUGCAAUGAAGGUGUUUCAGGCUAAGGUUUUGCCACAAUUGUUAUUCAGGAUCCCCAUUUGGAUCCUAGGUUUCUCCGGAGCACUAGAACAGGUUCUCUCAGCCUACCUCCGAAAAUUAUUUGGAGUAUCCAAUUGUGUCCCAUCAGCCGUUUUACGUCUCGAAGCGGGUUGUCAUUCAGUUGAAUGCACUGCUUGGACGUGGGCCCUUAAGUACUGGCUGAAACUUUAUGCGGGCCCUGAUUCAGGAUUUUUGCAACUCGUAAGGAAAGAUAACUAUACCACCCUUUGGUCUAAAAGUAUUCAGGAAAAAUUGUUGAGAGUGGGUUUCUCAAGCAACUUUCUCAUUACACAAGAUCUAUUGAGAGUUCAGCAGAUUUUGACACGCCGUAUAAAAGAUAUUGACCUUCAAUAUUCCUUAUCCUCUGCCCGUACUACCUGUUCUCCCGUUAGUUUAGGGUUAGUUUAAUUCUGAGAGGGAGGCUUUUUAUUUGCAAAAUCUGACUAUCCCAAAAUAUCGAGCUGUGUUCACCAAAGCAAGAUUUAACGUAAUUCCCUCAGCUGUGCUAGAGGGUCGCUUCAAGGGAAUCCCCUACCACGAACGGGUUUGCCCUUAUGGUGAAGGUUCUGUUGAAUCUCUAGAGCAUGUCCUAUUUUUCUGUACUUUUUAUAAGGAUGAGAGGUUAAGAUUAAUUCCUCCCCUCCUGCUUAAGUUCCCGGGUAGACCAAAUAGCUGGCACUUGGAGUACCUACUAAAUUAUUCUAAGAAAAGCAAAAUGGAAACAGUGGCAAAGUUUCUUUUUUCUGCUGUCAAAAUACGUAAGAUUAUGAUUCAAACUAAAUGAACAGUCUUGUCUCUUGCAUUUCGUAUACCUACCCUGGUUCUGUGUUUUAUGGCUUAAUAUUAUUCAAUAUAUCUGAGAGCGCUUUUGUAUAUACAUAAAUGUAUAUUUCAUUAGUAUGUUAUGAAUAUCUAUUUUAUAGAUUUAUUUCCAUAAGUUUUAUAUGUUUUAUAUAUGCUUUGUCGUUUAAUGGCCUGUUGGCUGAAAUAAAAUUUAUU